CUCUGUCAGCCGAGCAUGGCCCCGGCUGCAGGACAACCCCGCUGGCGCCGCCGUCCUGCCGGGGCCGGAGUUGGGGGGAUGUCCUUGGCCUUCCCUGUGGGCCGGAGGCAAAUCCCCUGCCUGUCCUUCUUUCUUCCUGCCCCAGGCCCCGAGCUGAGGACGGAGAGCCUGGAGGACAAAUCCCCCCGUGAGACCCUGGUGGGAGAGGCCGUUUUGAAGGGCUCCAAGGCACAGGAAGGCAGCAGGGAGGAAAAGGGCCGGAGAUCCCCCCGCAGGAGGGGCUCCAAAGCCAGCCCAGGGUGCUCUGAGGAGGAAAGAGCCAGCCUGUGCCAGGAAGGCGGCUGGAGCUUGAGCCAGAGCUCUGACCUGGUGGUCCCUGAGCAGCAUUCCAGCAGGGAGAAGCCCUUCAAGUGCUUGGAAUGUGGGAAGAGCUUCAGGAGGAGCUCCGACCUCCUCACCCACCAGCAUGUCCACACUGGGGAACGUCCAUACACGUGUGGGGAAUGUGGGAAGAGCUUCAGCCAGAACUCCAACAUGAUCCGACACCAGCGCAUCCACACCGGGGAACAGCCUUACACGUGUGGGGAAUGUGGGAAGAGUUUCAGAGAGUGCUCCACCCUCCUCACCCACUGGCGCAUCCACAGCGGGGAACGGCCUUACACAUGUAGGGAAUGUGGGAAGAGCUUCAGGAAUAAUUCCAACCUGAUCCAACACCAGCGCAUCCACACUGGGGAACGGCCCUACCUGUGCAGGAAAUGUGGGAAGAGCUUCAGGCAGAGCUCCAACCUCCUCAAGCACCAGCACAUCCAUAGUGGGUCACGGCCCUACAAGUGCUUGGAAUGUGGGAAAAGGUUUCAGUCCAGCUCAGAUCUCCUCAGGCAUGAGCAGACACACACAGAUGAGAGGCCCUUCCGCUGCACCGACUGUGGGAAGGGCUUCAACCGGAACUCUCACCUCGUCACCCACCGGCGCAUCCACACUGGGGAGAGGCCCUACAAAUGCUUGGAAUGUGGGAAGAGCUUCACCCAGAGCUCUGGCUUGACCUCACACCAACGGAUUCACCAGUAAGGGAAGCCCUGGGAGUGCCCCUAGUGCGGGAAGAAUAUUGACCACUGCUUCCACCCUGAAUGAACCCCCUGAUGGUGAGGCAACCCCUGGAGUCCAGUGACUGUCAGUCCACCCGUUUUGACCACAAAGGGCCAGUCCCCUUUCCCAGGGGCAGCUUCUUCCAACAGAACCCUUCUUGGGGGGUGUGUGGAGAUUCCUGCCUUGGCUGGGGACCCCCCAGGAUCACUCCUGGAGGUGAGAGCAGAGAUCUCCCCACCAGUGUUGGUCUGGGGGAGUUCCAUCCAUCUCUAAUUAAGAAUUAUUGCUUUUGUGCCAGCUUCAGUAGAAUUGCUUUAACAAUUGAUUUAAUGUAGAGCACUGUUCUGUCUUAUCCUGUUCUCCUGGUAGUUUUAGUGUUUCUAUUAUGCAGUAAAUAAUUGUGAUGAAGAUCUUUUGUCUGAUCAUUUGUAACCCUAAAUAAUUCCUUUCUAUCAGUAGAUCUGAUUUGCCAUCAUUAAAACCUGGGGGACAAAA